AUGCCCAAGACUACCACAGGUUCGUUGGCUUACCGACAACGCGAAAAACCCGGAAUGACUUUGUUUGGAAGCGUCGUCGAAACUCUGCGGCUCAAGGAUGGCACACUCUUCUCUAUGCCAAUCAACUUAGAUGUCUCCAGCGAAGAAGUUGAUACCCUCAAAAUUGCUCCGGGUUCCCGUAUCGUUCUUAGGGAUCCGCGUGACGAGGCACCUUUGGCGAUUAUCACUGUCGACGACAUCUACACUCCCGAUAAGGUCGUCGAGGCCACCAAAGUAUUCGGAGACAAUGACUUGGCCCAUCCCGCGGUUGCCUAUCUUCAUAACCGCGUCAAAGACCGCUAUAUUGGUGGCAAAGUCCAAGCAAUCCAGCCUCCGACGCACUUUGACUAUGUUGCCCUGCGAUUCACACCUGCAGAACUGCGUGCCCACUUUAAGAAACUCGCAUGGCGCAAGGUUGUCGCAUUCCAAACACGCAACCCGAUGCAUCGUGCUCAUCGAGAGCUCACGGUCCGCGCUGCUCGCCAACGCUACGCAAAUGUCCUCAUUCACCCCGUCGUUGGCCUUACCAAACCAGGUGAUGUCGACCACUACACGCGCGUACGUGUCUACCAGGCCAUCAUGCCCAAAUACCCCAAUGGAAUGGCACAUCUCGCUCUGCUUCCUCUGGCCAUGCGUAUGGGAGGUCCUCGCGAAGCAGUAUGGCAUGCAAUCAUUCGCAAAAACUUUGGUGCCACUCACUUUAUCGUGGGUCGUGACCAUGCUGGUCCAGGCAAGAAUUCGAAGGGUGCCGACUUUUAUGGUCCAUACGACGCGCAAACUGUCGUAUCGAAAUACAGGGACGAGCUGAAUAUCGAAAUGGUACCAUUCCAGCAGAUGACCUACCUGCCGAGCACGGACGAGUAUCAACCAGUUGAUGAGGUACCAAAGGGUGUUCAGACGCUUGACAUCAGUGGCACCGAGCUUAGGCGAAGACUCCGCACUGGUGCACCUAUCCCGGAUUGGUUCAGCUACGAGUCUGUAGUCAAGACACUUCGAGAGAGCUAUCCUCCUAGAACCCAGCAAGGGUUCGUUAUAUUCCUAACUGGCCUUCACAAUUCUGGAAAGGACAUUAUCGGGAGAGCCCUACAGACUACACUCAAUCAGCAGGGUGGACGCAGCGUUUCUCUCCUCCUUGGGGAAACAGUGCGAGCCGAGCUUUCAUCGGAGCUUGGCUUCUCUCAAGAAGAUCGUCACAAAAACAUUGCUCGUAUCGCCUUUGUCGCUGCAGAGCUCACUCGUGCUGGUGCCGCGGUCAUCGCAACUCCGACUGCUCCUUACGAGAGUGCUCGUAAGGCCGCCAAAGAUAUUGUGCAAAGUUCAGGUGGAGCGGGAGGCAACUUUUUCCUGAUCCAUGUCGCGACUCCACUGGAACAUUGCGAGAAGACCGAUCGUAAAGGCGUUUAUGCAAAGGCGAGACGCGGUGAGAUCAAGGGAUUCACAGGUAUCGAUGAUGUAUACGAGAAGCCUACCAAUGCGGAUGUAACCGUUGAUAUCACUCAGCAAACCAUUCCGGAAAUUGUCCACAGCAUCAUUCUGUUGUUGGAGACGAACGGGCUGUUAUAG